AUACAAUAUCGACGUGGAAACCCCUACACUAAACCUCCACGCAACGCCCUGGGCAGCCCAAUCUUGUUUUCGCUCCUUCCAAUCGCCCUCCUGUUUCAGGUCUCCCACCCUCACAGUUGCCCAGAUGAAGAGGCUGCAGCUCCAACGAUGGAGCAGUUCGGUCCUUUCGCCGCGGGCCCGAACUGGUGGCCGCCUGCAGCAGCAUCUGUACUAUAAUUUGCGUCACCAAUCGACUGUUUCGCCUGCUCCUCAGGCCGAGAAUGAGCCAUUGUUUGAGGAACAAUCGCUGAAUUCGUCAACUCACAUCCCCCAGUCCUCUCACUUCAAAUACCUCCUCCCUUCUCCUCCGGUUGAGGCCGCACGCGAGUCCGCAAAACUUGCCGCCCUUCAUGCACGCCUCUACCUCCCCUCCCGACUACCGCUCGAGACAUUAGCACGCUCUCUAGUCGAUGCUUCAGCCGACUCGAAUCCUAAUUUCAACAAUGAAGCAUUGGCUUCGCUCGGUCAUGACCUCCUGACCCACUACACCUCCGAACACCUUGUUUGUACAUAUCCUCGACUUCCCUUAACCGUCAUCUUCGCGGCAAUGUAUGCGUAUGUCGGCCCUAAAACUUUGGCAGCAAUGGCAAAGGAAUGGGGUGUUGAGAUUGCUGCAGUACCUGGUGGAGAGGUUGAUCCCGGUCUCUUGCAGUUCAAGAGAGUACUCCCAGGUACUGAUGUGAAUGCGGAACCCGUUACUGGCACAGAGAGACCCAAUGAACACCGGAAAUCAUGGAGAAAGUCCAUGACCUCUAGAGUUGUUUACGACAAUGAGUAUGGGGAUCCUGUCAGGGCAUCCGGCGAGUCGGCCGCUGCGGAAUCGCAGAAUACUCAGGGCGUGACUGCAGAGCACGCCAACGCGACAUUUGUGCGUGCUGUAAUGGGCGCCAUCUAUCUCCAUGCCGGCAGACCGGCUGCCAAGCGAUUUUUUGAGCAACAUUUCCUCUCCCGCCACCUCAACAUCUCGGACCUAUUCAACUUCUCCCAGCCGGCUCGUGACCUUUCUCGGCUGUGUGCACGAGAGAACUUUGAGCCACCUGUUGCAAAAAUCAUCAGUGAAACUGGCCGCAAGAGCAGACACCCUGUCUUUGUCGUUGGUAUUUUCUCCGGUCAGGAUAAGCUGGGAGAGGGCGCUGGCGCCAGUCUGCUUGAGGCUCGAUCCAGGGCUGCCGUGGCUGCGCUCAAGGGCUGGUACCUGUAUAGCCCCUUGAAUGUGCGUGUCCCUAGCUCCAUGGAAGAAGAAGGUGCUGCACCCUGGAAGCCAGUCCACGUGGACUUGGGUGAGGUGAUUGUGUAAGAUGAGAUAGCGGAGAGGAAAGAGACACGCGUCCACGUGGAAAAGGUGUUAUAUUAUAUGACAUGACUUGUCGUCGAUGGGAGCAAGAGCAUAUUACAUAUUAUCUAUUCGAAUUUGCAAGAACAGGUUUUGUACAGUAUGGGAAAUCUAUUUCAUUCGUCUGAUGUCUUCUGCUGAACCCUUUUUUUUUAUUCUCUUAUUUUUAACUUUUUAUUUCUCGUUUGUCU